GUUGUCAACGACACACGAAAGUCGAACGGAUAAAAACCGUGGUGAAGAUUGUUUUCGUGUGAGAAACUGCAGAUUUCAUUCCGAAAACAAGACCAUGGACGAUUUCCAGAGCGCUGAAGAGACCGCAUUUGUGGUAGAUGAAGUCAGUAAUAUCAUCAAAGAGUCAAUUGAGGGAGCCAUUGGAGGAAAUGCUUACCAGUACAACAAAGUUAACCAGUGGACAUCAAAUGUGGUUGAACAGUGCUUAAAUCAACUCACAAAGUUGGGUAAACCCUUCAAAUAUAUAGUGACUUGUGUUAUAAUGCAGAAGAAUGGAGCAGGUCUUCACACGGCCAGUUCGUGUUUCUGGGACAAUUCCACAGAUGGAAGCUGUACAGUGAGGUGGGAGAACAAGACGAUGUAUUGUAUUGUCAGUGUGUUUGGGCUGGCUAUUUGAGAGGUGUAUAACUUUGCCUCCAGUUUGCCCAUCACUCCAUUCAUACACAUAACAUGUACCUAUCUGUGACGUGGUGAAGUCAGCAUCAACCACUUAAACAGGACAUGGGGGAGAUCCAGAGUAUUACUUUGACUGGACACAUACAAUAUGCUGAUAUGGACCCAGUCAGACAAUCUCAAUUUUACUGACAAUUGCUGCUGUUCUUUCCUGAUUUCCUUCUCCUUUGUCCACGCAUCAUUUUAUUUUUAAAAUUGGCUUUAAUUUCUUUCUUGUUUGUUCAAGAAGUCCCCUUUGUUUUUUUGCGUCAUUUUAAUUUUAAAAUAGGCUGAAAUUCCCUCCCUUUAUUCAAAAUGUCUAUUCAUGUCACUUGAAGCUAAUGACAGCUAUUGUAAAUGGAUAAUUGGCAAUUAACUAUUGUCGUUUACCUUUUGUAAGGUGAGAAGCAAACCCUGUGUGUAGAAUGCCUGGUUUUAUCUGUAAAAUUGUAAAGGCUCAUGCAAAUGGUGGAAAUAUAAAGAAUGACUCAGGCCGUGCAGCCUUUAUUUUUUUUUUUUUUAAAUCAUAAUAUAAGGUUAUAUGUUGUGCCAGUAUGGUUAACAUGGCCUCUUUUUUUUCCCUUUGUCUGAAUUGUACAUUGUUUAUAAAGCCACUAGUACAGGCAUGUAGGCAUUUGUAUUUAUUAUUUUAGGAAUCUUCAUAUUUCUCCUGUAUUAUAUUGAAGCUAUAUAUUAUUCACUUAUUGAGUUGAUGUUUAAAUAAAAUCUUAUGUCCUCCAUA